UUGCCGAUGAUCUAUGAUGCUCAGCUGUCGACGUAUAUGAAGGCCUUAGUUGGCCCCGAGAUGAUUCGGAGUUACUCAGCUGUGCUCAAGUCAUCGUCCGAACUUUCUCGUUUUCCGGUCUCUUCCUUAAUUUCUAUUCGCAGAUUAAUUCUGUCUUUGCUUCUUUCGCUGGUCGCCGCUGGUCGUUUUAUACUACUCUAAUAUCUAUUUUCUACUAUUUUAUAUCGAAGCAUACUCAACCAAGACUACCCGAGAACAUCUUCCAAGACAUAUUAGCCAAGAUGGUCAGUUAUCGUAUGAUUGCCGUUGCCGGCUUCCUCGCCAGCGUCAGCGCUCUCCCUCUAAACAUUAACCUUGGCGCCUAUUCCCCCGCAUUGGUGGUUGGUGAUGGUGAGAUUUCGUUCGGUGGAGGUCAAGAUGUUACGAGCUUGAUGAACGCCUUGGAGGGUGCAGCAGUCAACGCUGCUACCGGGUCGACUAAAGGCGCCACUCAAAAUGUUGCUUCCGCACCUGUAGCCGCAACCAGUUCUGCCCCGGUGGACGAAAGCGGCAUUGUGGCCGCCCAAAGCAAUCCGAGCCCAGUUGUCGAGACUCCCAAAGCCCCUAAAGCCCCCGAGGUUUCCGAAGCUUCUAUCGCGCCCACUACUAAUGUAGACCCCAACUUGGAGCAACAAGCUGCUCAAAUAUCAGGUCUACAAGGCAUGGGAAAGGAGAUCGCUCCUCGAGACUCUGAGUCUCCCAAGGCCAAGCGUGAUCUGGCUGGCUUUGACAGGGCUCUUACAUUUGCCGAGGCGGCCUUAACCAAGGGACCCUUGAUCCAGCUUGGCACUGGCGAGGGUGGUGCUGGUGUCGGUAUCAUUGUUGAUAACAAUGGCGGUACUGUUGGCGGGGGUGCUGCUAAGGCGGCUGCUAAGCGUGAUGAAUCUUCCUCGCAGCCGCGCCGACGAACUAAGGUUACCCGCAUGUAUGUCAAGCGUGGUGUCCCUGCUUCUAUGCAGACAUCUAGUGAAUUCAAAACUCGCACCGUCCAGUCCCUCCCUAUUCCGAAGGUCCCCGCAGUAGCUAAGCGAGAAAGUUCUUCCGAUACCAUCGAUGCCAUCAACCUAAACGUUGAUGACGAGCAAGGCUUCACGAUGACAUUUGUUGAGACGACAGAAGACGAAGAUGAUGCCGCGAUAGAUGAAGCGCAGGAGUAAUAUACGGUUAUAAUGUAACAACUACUGUUUGCUCUCCGUCUAUUAAAUUUGUAUAGUGGCAUUUUUCAUCGUUUUUG